AUGAGGUUCUCAAGCCUGUGUGUGGGACCACAGUGCCAGCUGGACUCCUCUCUGCUGAUGAGCGCCCGGGGGCGUGGGCGGCAGCUUCGCACGCCUGUUUGGUUAUUUUCUGAACCAGACUCUGCAUGGCUCAUGGAGGCCUUGCAGGAACCGGCUUGUGAAGGGCUUACCUUUCCCUCUGGGCCUGCAGUGGAACUGUCAGCUUUGUUUUUCUUGGCAGGAGACUCAAACCCUCACCAUGUUAAGCGCUGCAGUGGAAGGUUCUGGCACGGGUUUCUUAACAUUGGAUCCUUGAUUCUUCGUUUCCUUUUCUUCCCCCUCUGGCCUUUAAUUUACUGGAAAAAAUUAAUGGCAGAUAUUGUGCUGGAUAAUUUGGCCCAGAGGAGGCUGUAG